AUGUCAAAAAGAGACGUUGAAGAUACUUCUGCUGAAGUUGAUGCUAAAAAGGCCAAGGUCGAUAAGAAAGAUGAUAAUAGUGCCAUUGAUUCUGAAUUAUUAGGUCAACAAUCGUCUUAUGCUAAGCAAGAAACUACCAUUGAAGUUCCAGGUACAGGUGAAUCUACUUCUGCUACUGAAAAUAAAGAAGAAGGUGAUCAAGAUAUUGCUGAAGCUGCUGCUGCUGCUGCGGUUGCUGCUGAAGCUGAUAAAAUCCAAGAUGCUUUCAAAUUCCAACAACAACAACAACAUCAGCAACAACAACAAGCAGCUGCGGCAGCAGCUGCUUCUGGAGCUGAAACUUCCGCUCCUGUUUCAAGAGUUUCAUUCCAAGCUACUACUCUACCAACUAGUAAUAAACCACAUCAUGGUACUGAUGAAUGGCAUAGACAAAGAAGAGAAAAUCAUAAAGAAGUUGAAAGAAGAAGAAGAGAAUCUAUUAAUUUAGGUAUUAAAGAAUUAGCCACUUUAAUUCCGACUCAAGAUACUAAUAAAGCCCAAAUUUUACAAAGAGCUGUUGAAUAUAUUAAAAGAUUAAAGGAAAAUGAAAAUAAUAAUAUUGAAAAAUGGACUUUAGAAAAAUUAUUAACUGAACAAGCUGUUAGUGAUUUAAGUUCUUCUAAUGAAAAAUUAAAAUCAGAAUUAGAAAGAGCUUAUAAAGAAAUCGAACAAUGGAAAUCUCUUGCUAGAACUGAAAAGAGUUAA